CACAACUAAAACCUCAAAUGGAUAAACACACUAAGAGCAUCUCUAGUCUAUUAAUUUCUUUGUGGUUAACAGCUCUUUUAAUAGUAGUCGACGUGGUUACAUGUGCGAGACAACAUCAUAAAAGUUUCUUGGCCAAGGAGGCAGAUCUCGUGACAGAUUUGCCCGGACAGCCUGAUGUGAGUUUUAAACACUAUGCCGGUUAUGUUCCUGUCGAUAAAUCCAACGGAAGAGCUUUGUUUUAUUGGUUCUUUGAAGCCAUGGAUCUCCCCAAAGAGAAACCUUUAGUUCUCUGGCUUAAUGGAGGUCCAGGGUGUUCUUCUGUGGGAUAUGGAGCAACACAAGAGAUUGGUCCGUUUCUCGCGGACACCGAAAAAGGACUUAUAUUUAAUCCAUACGCAUGGAAUAAAGAGGUUAACAUGUUGUUUUUAGAAUCUCCCGUCGGCGUUGGUUUUUCGUAUUCAAACACAAGUAGCGAUUAUCUAAAUCUUGACGAUCACUUUGCAAAAAAAGACGCAUACACGUUUCUAUGUAACUGGUUCGAGAAAUUCCCAGAGCUCAGACGAAAUGAUUUCUAUAUUGCAGGCGAAAGUUACGCAGAUGAUUUGAGAGGCUGGGUGGAUUAUGCAUGGAGCCAUGCAGUGAUAUCGGACGAGACACAUAGAAUGAUAAACAGGUUGUGCAAUUUUAGCAGCGACGAUGUUUGGAACAAAGGCGAGUGCAAUGAAGCCAUAGCACAAGUUGACAAACAAUACAACGAGAUUGAUAUCUAUAGCCUCUAUACCUCAGUUUGUAAGGGGGAUUCUCCACAAUCAUCAUACGUCGCAUCAGCACAAUUCAAAACAAACUAUCACAUUAGCUCUAAGAGGAUGCUGCCAACUAGGCGCUUGGCUGGAUACGACCCAUGCUUAGACGAUUACGUGAAAAUAUAUUACAACAGAGCAGAUGUUCAAAAAGCUCUUCACGCAAGUGAUGGAGUUAAUCUCAAGAAUUGGAGCAUUUGCAACAUGGAGAUCUUUCAUAAUUGGACUUAUGUAGUGCAAUCGGUUUUGCCUAUAUACGAGAAACUCAUCGCGGGAGGAUUGAGGAUAUGGGUUUACAGCGGUGAUACAGACGGAUGUGUUCCUGUACUCGGAACUCGGUAUAGCUUAAACGCACUCGGAUUACCCAUCAAAACAGCUUGGAGGCCAUGGUACCAUGAGAAACAGGUAAGUGGAUGGGUUCAAGAAUACGAAGGUCUAACAUUUGCUACAUUUAGAGGAGCUGGGCAUGCAGUGCCUAGCUUUAAACCAAGCAGCUCUCUCGCUUUUUUCUCGACGUUUCUCAAAGGUGUUCCUCUGUCGACAUCGCGGGUAGAGACGGAAAUCAAGAAUUGAAGAGAUGGUUUAGUAAUCUAAUAUUGAGUCUUUAAAUUUUCAGAAAGUUUGUGAGAUUGUGGGUUUGGUUAGUUGUUACGUUAACUAGUCAGGCAUGCCACAGGAAUAAAUAAAGAUCUCAUUG